GAUGUGAGCACCAUUUAAGUAUUUGAUUGGAGCGUGAGCAAUGAGCGGAGAGUGGGAAAAGGGUAAAGUUGGAGGACAAAGUAAAGCAACGGUCAAAAGAUUUGAAAUUAAAAUCCCCGAUUUUGAAAGGAUUCCACAGGGCAACUUCAGAAAUCUAAUCUAAUCCCAAAAUGCUGAAGGCCGCCAAGAAACUCAAGUUCUGGUCCAAAGACAAGAAGAGAAGAAAGACUCGCGAUUCCUCCUAUCUUCCUCCUCCGCCGCCGCCGUACUGUUCCUGCUCUUGCUCUUACUCUGCGAUCCGGCCCUCUGCUCCGCCGCUGCCGCCCUGGCUAGACGAUCGGACUCUUCUCUUGCAAUCGGAACCCCCAGCGGCCACCGGAGUUGAAGCGGCGGCGUCGUACCAGCAAUACACGGCUCCGAAUCCGGUGUACGGAUUGCCGAUUGUGGAAAUGGGUAGCAUAAGGACAAGGGAGAGAUCUCUGUUCACCGAUUUGGGCGCUAGGUUGAUUAGGUGCUUCUGUCCAUGUCUUCACGUUCGAGAAGCUUAUUACCUGCCAGAUCAGUGACUCAAUCUCAAUCUCACUUGAAUUUCUCUUUCUGUAUGU